UUUUCUAGUUUUUUCCAUUCUUCUGUUUCCUCCUUUACCUUGUUGCUGUAACAAUGGCAAGGGUGUCCACAGAUCCACUAGUUAUUGGGAGAGUCAUAGGAGAUGUUCUUGAUUCUUUCACUCCAAGCACAAAAAUGACUGUAACAUACAGUAAGAAGCAAGUCCACAAUGGCCAUGAACUCAUUCCUUCCACAGUUACCACAUGCCCAAGGGUUGAGAUUGGUGGAGGAGAUUUGAGAUCCUUCUUUACACUGAUUAUGACAGACCCUGAUGUCCCAGGACCUAGUGACCCUUAUCUGAGAGAACAUCUGCACUGGAUGGUGACAGACAUACCAGGCACAACAAAUGCCUCAUUUGGGAAUGUGUUGGUGAGCUAUGAAAUGCCAAAGCCUAACAUAGGGAUACACAGGUUUGUGUUUGUCCUGUUCAAGCAAAAACGUAGGCAGUGUGUUACUCCACCCUCUUCGAGGGACAACUUUAACACUCGAAAAUUCUCAUCUGAGAACGAUCUUGGCCUCCCUGUUGCUGCUGUCUACUUCAAUGCACAGAGGGAAACUGCUGCAAGAAGACGCUAAUAUAUAUGGCUACCUCUGCAAUGCAACCAAUGUACUGAAAUAACUUAUAUCUUCACGUAGGGGCCUAUAGUUUCACCUGCCUUGAAAUAGCUUCCAGAAAUGUUUUCUUUUUUAGUAACUCUAAGGAGUUUUUUUAAUGAAAAAUAAUUUGAU